AUGCUUUUGAGCAUACUCCCAACAUAUCUCCUUGCUCUUAUUCUUACCAUCCGGCCCCAACCCUCUUAUUCAGUGCCCGGGUUGGACAUCUGGAAUGUCCCUUCCUCUAAAAUUAUCACUCCAGAUUGGUUUGCCCGGAACCCACCUUCAAUACAAUAUAGAGAACUGGAGAAACGAGAUGGGACGAACUACAAUCCAGACGGGACACCCUUCCUCUGGCUUCCUGAAGACGAAUAUUCCGGGAAGAACUUCUUCGACGAUUUUGACUUCUUUAUCUGGGAUGAUCCAACCGGGGGGAUGGUAAACUAUAUCAACCGAACAACGGCGUUUGAGAAGAACCUUGCAUAUGUUACGGACGACAACAAGGUUGUGAUGAGGACGGACAAUACGUCGACCCUGGAGCGUGGUCAACAUCGAAAUAGUGUCCGAAUAAAUACCAAGAAGACAUACACCACAGGCCUUUUCAUCUUAGACCUUGAUAAAGCGCCAUAUGGAUGCGCUAUUUGGCCGGCAUUCUGGUCCACUGGAUUCAAUUGGCCAGCGGAAGGAGAAAUAGAUAUAUUGGAGGGCGUGCACGACAACGAACACAACCAGAUUACAUGGCAUACAACGCAAGGAUGCCUCUAUGACGAAAACGCGACAUUUACGGGAACGAUACCUGAACACAAUGGAGUGCUCAGCACAGAUUGCUGGAACCAAGCUAACCAGGGCACUGGUUGCGACGUCAUCGAAUGGAGUAGGGCCUCGUAUGGACCCUUCUUUGAGGCUCAAGGAGGAGGAGUAUUGGCGAUGAAGUGGGACGAGAACGAUAUUUCAGUCUGGUCAUUCUUCCGUGCCGCGAUUCCAAAAGAUAUCACAGCCGGCACUCCAAAUCCGUCUGAAUGGGGCCUCCCCUCGGCGAGGCUGAUGAGUACCAUGUGCGAUAUUCCCAAGCACUUUGCACGCCACACGGUUGUUUUCGAUAUCACGCUUUGCGGUGCUUGGGCUGGAGCAUCUUACGCCACUUCAGGAUGCCCUGGAACAUGCGACGAACGCCUGAUACACCCAGAAAACUUUGAGACCGCAAUAUGGCAUAUUAAUUCCCUCAAAGUGUACAGGAAACAGCUUCUGUCAGGGAAUGUGACCGUAGCCCCGGGUUCCAGUUAUGGAAGUAUGAAAGCGCAGACAGCCAUAAUAUCCCUCGUCAUCGCCGUUGCAGUAGCUAUUAUGAUUUCUAUUUGA